GCCUCAUCGAUGAAAGACACGUUGGGGUGGACACUGGGGGAACCUGCCUCAUCUUUGUCUCAACUUCAGUGUUGGAUCGUCACGUCUUUUGCUGCAAUAAACCCCAGGUAUGAGGGUCAACUUUGCUUUCGUUUGCUUUCUGGCAGCGACGUUGUCCUUCUCUGUGGGAAAUAAAGCUCACGGAAAACACCAUGGAUCACACAAGAGUUCACAGACGACCAAAGAAAUGGUUCUGGUGCCUGAUGAUGUUAGCGAGGACCAGAUCUUAGCAACCUCUGAGUCCAGCAGCCCGGAGGAGGACGACCUGAGCUCAGAGGACCAUCCUGACACCAUCAAGGACGAUGGUGGGAUGGAGAUAAGUAAAAGCGCGGCGGUUCUUCUCAGUGAAGAGCAGUUGGUUUCUCUUCUGAAGAAGGAGGCCGAAGAAGAGGAGAAGCUGGGUGAUGCCGAGGUCGAGAAGAAACAUGGUGCGAAGAGGAGGAAGUUAAAAAAAGGGCAUGAGAAGAUCAGAGUGUUGGACAAGGUGGAGAAGAUGAUCUCAGAGGAUAAAGUGGAGUCAGAACAAGGUGUGAUCUUGGAAGAGGGCAGUGCAGAGCUGGACUAUAAUGCUGACAGUGCAGUUCCAGAACCUCUGCACAUGUUGAUGCAUCCCCAGAGUGAAUCUCCAGAUGUCAAAGCGGAGAAAACAAAGUCAGUUCGUGCUGACGUGAGAAUCACAGAAGCAGCCGACAGCGAGGACAAACAUCUCCACACGUCUGAGCUCCAGACUAAACCUGAAGACGGAGCAGAACCUCUGCGGGACUCACAGGAACGGAACAACGGAACGGACCUUGAGUCUGCGGCGCCGAGAAAUGGGGCGAAAGAAAACAAGGAUGGGAAAACUAGAAGACAGAGGAAGAACCAGAGAACCAGGAAGCACUUGCCCCAGAGGGAUGAACCGCAGUCAAGAGACAAACAGAACCAGCCAGAACCUCAAGAGUCCAUGGACAGCACUGCUGACCCCACUAUUCAGAAGACGAAGAGGAGGAGGGCGGGGAAGUGGGGUCCUGUGGUUGGCAUGAAUCCAGUCCAGAUUAGAGCGACGGCGGAUCUCUACCCAAGUUCAGUGUCGCCCACCGACCCCGAAGGCCCCGCUGAUCCCUGCGACAAUUUCCGCUGCAAACGUGGGAAAACCUGCAAACUUGAUGCAGAGAACAAACCCGGCUGUGUGUGCCGACAACCCUCCGAGUGUCCUUCCAGCGUGAGCCAGCUGGAUCACGUUUGUGGGACAGACAACAAAACGUACGACACGUCCUGCGAACUAUUUGCGACCAAGUGCAACCUUGAGGGAACCAAGCGAGGCCACAAGCUACACAUGGACUACAUCGGCUCCUGCAAAAUCAUCCCCCCGUGUGUGGACUCGGAGCUGGUCCAGUUCCCCCUGAGAAUGAGGGACUGGCUGAAGAAUGUUCUUCUGCAGCUGUACGAGCACGACUCCGUCACUCCUGGGUUCCUCACUUCGAAACAGCGAUUUAGAGUGAAGAAAAUCUUCGAGAGCGAGCGGCGACUCCAUGCUGGCGAUCACUCUGUGGAGCUGCUGGCUCGGGACUUUGAGAAGAACUACAACAUGUAUAUCUACCCGGUUCACUGGCAGUUCGCUCAGCUGGACCAGCACCCUUCAGACAGAUUCCUGUCUCAUUCUGAGCUGGCUCCGCUCCGGGUGCCGCUGGUGCCGAUGGAACACUGCACCUCCAGGUUCUUCCAAGAGUGCGACGCAGACAAGGACAAACAGGUCUCCGUCAAAGAGUGGACUUCCUGCUUCGGCAUCAGGAAUGAGGACGUCGACGUCAACCUGCUCUUCUGAGUUUCACUUCUCAUCGUGACUGCGAAAUAUUUGUUCAAUAGCCUUUGAUCUCUACAUACAGAAGCCAGAAUUUGCGUCUCUGCUUGGACAUGUGAUCCAAUAGACUCUCCACUUUAGACGUAGUCACUCGACAGUAAGCACGAGCAGAUGAGUUUUAAACCUAGAUUUACUCCUGUUCUUUUUUAUCCCUGUGAUGUAGCUUCCGUCUGUUUGAUAGAUCCUCUUAAAGUUCCUAGUCCUUAUAAAAUGUGUUACGAUGUAGGAGAGCGACUCUCUCAGCCUCUCUCCAAAACAAAGCAAACAUGAGAACAUGUUGCGCCAUACUUGUUGACUCGGCUCUGCACUUGUGGUGACAGGGAAAGAAAAGUCUGGCUUUUCUGCGAAAUGUUGGAUAAGGAAACACACCGAGCCGAGAGGAAGCAAUUGCACAAUUUCCUUGUUUGGUUUUCAGCAACUGAAUAAAAAUAAACGGAAAAACAAUCAUCAAAGUUUGACAAGAUGAUCAUUCUUAUUUAUGAAGUGCCACAAUGAUAAAUUUGACACAAAUAUUGAGACCACAAGUGAAAAUAUCGCUGACAAUAUUUGGGAAAUUGGCCCCUGGAAUUUAAAGUUCCAUUGUUGUUUUUGACGUCUUCUAGUGAGUCACUAACUUGCCAGCUCACUGGAGCGUGUCACUGGAGUAGAAGGUCAUGGGUGAUG